AGCUAAGUCAAGCCACUUGCGGUGGAUCCAAUAUGACCCUCCGAGAUUUGCCUAAGAUGUGAAUGAAUCUGGACGAAAUUACGAUCUUGCACCUCCCUCCCUCGGCCUACAUAUAACUCUCCUCCCUCUCUCCUUCUCCUUCGUCUUCCUCACAUUCUCUUACAGGCAGCCUCUCUCUCUCGACUUUCAGGCUUCAACUGAGUGGAACUGGUUCUGUUCGUGUUGGCUGUUGUCAGGUUCCUUGAUCAUCCGACAGGAAUGGAGACCUUCUUGUUCACCUCUGAGUCUGUCAACGAGGGACACCCAGACAAGCUCUGCGAUCAGAUCUCGGACGCGAUCCUCGAUGCCUGUCUCGAGCAGGACCCAGAGAGCAAGGUGGCUUGCGAGACCUGCACCAAGACCAAUAUGGUCAUGGUCUUCGGCGAAAUCACGACCCAGGCCAAUGUUGACUACGAGAAGAUCGUCCGCGACACUUGCCGUGCCAUCGGCUUCACCUCGGACGAUGUCGGUCUUGACGCCGACAACUGCCAGGUCCUAGUCAACAUCGAGCAGCAGAGCCCAGACAUUGCCCAGGGCGUCCACGGUCAUCUAACCAAGAAGCCGGAGGAGAUCGGUGCCGGUGACCAGGGUCACAUGUUUGGCUACGCCACCGACGAGACCCCUGAGCUCAUGCCCCUUAGCCACGUCCUCGCCACCAAGCUCGGUGCCCGGCUCACCGAGGUUCGCAAGAAUGGAACCUGCUCUUGGCUAAGGCCAGACGGUAAGACCCAAGUGACCGUUGAGUACUACAACGACAACGGUGCCAUGGUCCCGGUCCGUGUCCACACCGUUCUCAUCUCGACCCAGCACGACGAGACUGUGACCAACGACGAGAUAGCAGCUGACUUGAAGGAGCAUGUGAUCAAGCCCGUGAUCCCUGACAAGUACCUCGACGAGAAGACCAUCUUCCACCUAAACCCAUCUGGUCGUUUCGUGAUCGGAGGUCCACAUGGUGACGCAGGGCUCACCGGCAGGAAGAUCAUCAUCGACACCUACGGCGGGUGGGGUGCGCAUGGUGGCGGCGCCUUCUCCGGCAAGGACCCGACAAAGGUCGACAGGAGUGGGGCCUACAUUGUCAGACAGGCGGCCAAGAGUGUCGUGGCCAGUGGACUUGCCAGGCGUUGCAUUGUCCAGGUUUCGUACGCUAUCGGUGUUCCCGAACCGUUGUCCGUGUUCGUGGACAGCUACGGGACGGGAAAGAUUCCGGACAGGGAGAUCCUGAAGAUGGUGAAAGAGAGCUUCGAUUUCAGGCCGGGGAUGAUAUCGAUCAACCUGGAUCUGAAGAGGGGAGGGAACGGCAGGUUCUUGAAGACAGCAGCUUAUGGCCACUUCGGAAGGGAUGAUCCUGAUUUCACUUGGGAGGUGGUUAAGCCCCUCAAGGCCCAAGCUUAGAGCUUUCCCUUUGUUUUUUCCCCCAAAGCCUCGAUCUUUGCCGUGUUUUAUCAUACUUUCUCCUCGUAUUUGCUGUCCUUUGGGGUGUUCUGAAAUGGGUUUAUUCUUUUUUUUUUCUGGUCAUUUUGAAAGUCUUUGUUAUGUCAUUUGAAGAAACAAUAAAGAAGAAAACUGUUUGGAA